GCGAUAUUCAUAAUCAAAAACUUCUUCUUAUUAUUAUUAUUACCGAUGCUCUGUAUGCAGCGCUGACGUGUUAACCGAUUCGCCUGCUAGUCGUUGUAAACGUGUAAGUAUUGCGCAGAUUCGAGACGAGACGGCGAAUUUAUCAGCAGGCGGCUCCCGAGUGUCCACCAAGAAUUGUUAACGGACAGAAUGUAAUGCCAUUGCUGUUCCCGGAAAAAAUGUGGUCCAGUCUUGUCUCUUCCAUGCCACGGAUAUUUGCGAUUCGCGCCUGGCUGCUGUGCGGCCUCUGCUUAUGGCAGGUGGAGAUUCGCUGCAGCGCGGGCAGUACGCCGACGACCGCGGUUACUAACGCUGACCCAUCGUCAAGUAGUACAGAUCCAAUGCCCUGGGAGGAUCUGGAAGCCGUCAUUGAACGGGAUCUGAUCAAGAAGGAAGAGGACCUGGUCACACUGCGCUUCCCGUCAGCGGCGACAACGACGGCCGAUGUGGUGCGUCCGCGUCUGGGACAGAACGCCUCCUUUGGCUGCAAACUGCCGGUGGGCGGCCGUCCCACCGACCUCCACUGGACCGUCCAGGGUCGGCCGGUUGUCCAGCGGGCUCCGCCGGUGGCCCAUCAUCCGCAUUACGAAUUCGCGCAGUGGAUAGCGAAUGACACUGUGGCCCUGCUGCGUAUGGUCAACGUUUCCCUGGCCUCCAGCGGCGAGGUUGUCUGCCACCUGCGGGAGACGGUGCUGCGCCGCUGCACCCUGCUCCUCCCCCGCGUCACGCGGGCCGCCGAGAUCUUCGAGACCCCCUGGGCGCCGCAGCAGCGGGUGGCCGUCGGGGGGCAGUUUGGAGAUUAGCUGGAUGGUGCGAGGGCCGCUGGCGCCGGAGGUCGUGGCCAAUAUCGGCGAGCAUUACAUGCUGCGGUACAACGGUAAACCGUAUUUUGCGCCCAGGGAGUACACUUUGCAGUCGACGACAGCCACCCCCGAGCGGACGCCUGCGUGGAUGCGGCCCAUCUCAAAGCAGCCCGGCGUCGCGUAUGCCCUGAACCUGACCAACCUCCAGCCGAGCGAUUCCGGUCAGCUGGAGGUCUGGUUCCGUCCGCACCGACACCUCCACGAGUGGAUCGUGCAGUCCACCGAGUUGAUCGUCGGUACAGAGCGUUCAGGAUUUCCUUUGUGAAUUCACCUGAUGUCGACCCGAAAAUUAGUUGAGCUCAGGUUUUUUUUGCAUGUUUAAUAACAGAAUCUGAUCACGAUUAAGAUGAUACAGUACUAAACUGUGAACUAUUCUUAUUCUUUUGGAAUAAAAUAUGGAUCGUUUAGGUUUAGUUACGGAGUGCGCCGUCAAGCACUACACAACAACCUUACCGACCAUGUAAUAUUUUUCGAGCCGCAGCUGACCAGAUUAUUAUUAUUGCUACUAAUGUUACGA